GAUAUGUUGAAUUGUAAGUCUCAGUGUACUCCAAGACCCCUCUGCUUUGCACUACAGGAUGAAGCCGAUUAAUUUCUUUGUCGUGUUGCUUUUCUGGCAAACUGUUUGCUGCAAUUACUGCCAGCUGUCCAAUAUCACAAUAGCACUGGAGAAGGAAGAGUGUGGUUUCUGCAUCAGCGUGAACACAACAUGGUGCUCUGGCUACUGCUUAACAAAGGAUCUAAUUGAUCAGAACCUAGCAAUGAGAUAUGUCCAGAACAUCUGCACAUUCAAGUCAGUUGUGUACGAGACUAUCAAGAUCCCAGGCUGUCCUGGUCAUGAAGAAUCGUUUUAUUCCUACCCAGUGGCAACAGGAUGUCACUGCGGAACCUGCAACACUGACGUCACCGACUGCACCCGGAGAGGCUUGGACCCGAAUUAUUGCUCGUAUGAUAAAUAUGAGACCAGCGAGUGAGGCUUGUCUUUCUCAUCUUGCAAAAACUGUACAGUAAUGAAUGUCGGGGAAAAGGGGCAAUGUGUGCAGAUAUUACAGUACGGUUGCAUCUUAUGAGCGUUUAACUUGUGUACUUUCAGUCUUGCAUGGUUGAAGGUCAGCCGCUUGAAAAUGCCCAAGUCAAAUGCAAGGCAGAGAACUUAGAAGAUCUUUUCGUGCCGGGUAACACAAGCAGACCUGGUACAGAAAGAGCUUCAAAGCUCUAUGCCUUGCUUGGGGGGGGGGCAUUCAGUGCUCUGGCUCCGGAAGGCUAGGGAUGCUCGUAUGGGGGUGGUUCCAAGGAUUUGAGUAUACACAUUUUCAUGUAUAUGCAGAACUUUUGGAACUGAACCCCUGCAUAAGAUGUGAUUGUACUAUCCUGCUAACUUUCUCUUUUUUUAAGUAUGUGUGCAAAGAAUACAACAUUCACCUUCAAUGGCUUCAUUGUGGCAUCUUAAGCAAAAAGUGUUUUCGCCUGUGUCUUUCAAAGCACAGUUCCUUCACAGUCUGUUCCCGAUACAUCCUCCACUCUUUCCAAUUCUCUCUUCAAGUGCCAGCUUCUCUUUCGAAACAAAAUA